AUAUAUGUGGCUGAUGGCACCAUACAUGAUCCUACGUACCAAAUGACCCUUAGCUCUUAACUCAAAACUUCUUCAUCUUUUUAAAAUAAUUUGCCACCACACACGUGUGAAGAAACCUUUCUUCUCUUGCUUCUCACUAUAUACUAUUACUCAUAUAUACUAAACAAUAGUUCAAUGGCUACUACCGGCUUAGCUAGCCGAAAAAAAGAUCCGGUAUACCGAGGCAUCCGAUGCCGGAGCGGGAAAUGGGUCUGCGAGAUCCGUGAGCCGAAGAAGACAACUCGAAUCUGGCUCGGAACGUACCCCACGGCAGAGAUGGCAGCCGCUGCUUACGACGUGGCUGCUAUUGCUCUUAAAGGCAGAGAUGCCGUCUUGAACUUCCCAGGAUCCGUCGGGUCAUACCCGGUUCCCUUGUCAACAUCCGCAGCGGAUAUUCGAACUGCUGCUGCCGCGGCUGCCUCCAUGAAGGGGUGUAAGAGAGAGGAGGAGGAGGACAAAGCACAAAUGAAUAGUAGUAGUUUCUCAACGUCAAGAACAAGUGAUCAUUUCCAUGUACAUGAUCAUGACAUGAUGGCGUCUUCGUCAUGGUGUGGGACAGAGUUCAUGGACGAAGAAGAAUUCUUGAAUAUGCCUAAUUUGCUGGCUGAUAUGGCGGAAGGGAUGAUGGUUGCUCCGCCGUCAUGGAUAGGUGCUCGUCCAGCGAAUGAUUCGCCGGAGAAUUCAAAUGAUGAGGACUUGUGGGGCUACUGAUAAGUGAUAAGUGAUCGGUUAUUUUGUGUAAUCCAUGUAUAUGUAAUCACCAGUCUUGUUCUUGAUUUUUUUUGUAUUAAGUAUGUCACUUAUGUGAAAUAUAUUUAUCAAAUCAUAUGUUUAAUUAAAAUGUGUUCUUGUAUUGUGGAAGUAGGGUUUCGGUUUUCUUGGGUUGUUUGGGCUUAAUUAGCUUUAUGGUAGUGCUCUUCUUUUUAUACUUACUUCAGGUUCUUAUUUUGUUCAUUUAGAUGAGUUUAUGAAUAAUAUUAGCCACUCAUUGUACUGUUGUA